GUGAAAAGUAAAGCCUAAUCACUAAAGGAAACUUUAACAUCAUGAAGAAUAUGGAAACUACAUCACCUUCAAAAGAUGAUGGAAGAAGAACAAAGGCUAUUGAUGAAAAUUCAGAUUCAAUCUCUAAAAUCAAAAUGGAAGAGAAAUUUGUUAAGAAAAUGAAUCAUGACAUUUGUGAAAUCACAGAAAGGAUCACAGAGAAAUUGUCAAAAAGAGAUUAUCUCGAAUGUGUGUUGAGACGCUUAAUUUGUUAUCGACGAUGCUGGGGACUCAGAUGUCGUGUCGAGGAUAAAGAGGCGUUACUAAGGUAUUUAUAUAUGGAGCUUGAUGAAUUGAAUUUCAUGAGUAUUAAAGCUGCAAAUGGAGGAUGUUUUGUGGAAAAGCUUGAUAAAAAUUCUUUGAAUUAUUUGAAGCUACAUGGGAGUAAAAGUCUGGCUGACGAGAAAAAGAUUCUAAGGGAUAUAAAGAUUCAACAAAAAGAGAAAGAUGUUGAUUCAUUCAAAUUAAAUCACUAGAAGUGCUUAAGGAAAGGGUAAUUUAUGAGUAUACCAAACAUCUUUUAUUCAAUUAUUGGAGAGUAAAAAAUAUUGAGCAGAUUAGACAGAAUUAUUACUUGUAUGAUGAUUGGCUGAAGCUUGUGAAGGAAAUUGAAUAAUUUCAAAUCUAACUUAUAGAAAGAUAUAUCU